AUGUCCAUCUCAAGAUCAAAUAAAGCAACUGUUAGUGAAGAACCAGUUGGUGAAGAAGGUGAUGUUGAAGAAUGUGAUGUUGAAGAAGGGGUUGGUGAAGAACCAGUUGGUGAAGAAGGUGUUGUUGAAGAAGGGGAUGUUGAAGAAGGGGUUGGUGAAGAUGGGGUUGGUGAAGAAGGGGCUGUUGAAGAAGGUGAUAUUGAAGACCACCAGGAGGAUGAGAUUGACCACCAAGAGGAUGAGAUUGACCAUCAAGAAGAUGAAAUUGACCAUCAAGAAGAUCAUGUUAAAGACCACCAAGAAAAUCAUGUUGAAGACCAUCAAGAUCAUGUUGAAGACCAUCAAGAGGCUGUUGUUCAAGAUAAAGUUCACCACAUUGAAGUUGUUGUUCAAGAUGAAGUUGACCACCAUGAACCUGUUUUUGAUGAAGUUGACCACCAUCAGCAUCAACCUGUAUUUUUUUAG